GAACAGAUGCACGGAAGCACAGCAGCCCAUCCUCAUGAGCAGGCAGUCGUGAAAACUUCUCACGAGUCUUAUCCGGAUCCAGGAAGAGUAACGGCAGCUCACCUGUUCUCACUGCCGCGGACCUUCACAAUGCUCACAUUACAACCUUAACGACUCUGCAAGCCUGUUACUCUGAGGAGUGUGACAGACGCGGCUCUGAAUAACAGGCUCUCUUCAGCCUGAGCUUCACUCUGUGUUUUGAAAGAAAUGGCAACAAAAGGCAGGCUGGUGCUGCGGAGUGUGUUCACAGGACUCCGAGCUCAUGCUGUCUGGUAUCAGAGCUCAGCUUCGACUCCCAGUCAAGGUCGGCUGCUGCGGAGACCUCAGCUCAGACAUCUGAGCUGCUCACACGGACUCUGCGGGGCUGCUCCGCCCUCCACAGGUCCCAGCAGUCUGUCGUUCAGGAGUCACACCUGUGGAGAACUGCGAUCAGAUGAUGUGGGGAAGAAAGUCACUCUGUGUGGCUGGGUCCAGUAUCUCAGGCAGGACCUGUUCGUCAUCCUGCGAGACUUCAGCGGCUUGACACAAAUUCUAAUUCCUCAGGAAUCUCCAAGUGCUUUGAAAGCCACGUUGUGCAAUCUGACGCCCGAGUCUGUCAUCAAGGUUACAGGAACAGUCAGGAACCGACCAGUGGGGCAGGAGAACAAGGAGAUGCCGACAGGAGAGAUCGAAGUCUUGGCAGAGAAUGUGGAGGUCUUCAACGUGUGCCAGAAGCUGCCGUUUGAGAUAAAAGACUUUGUCAAAUGUGGCAGGUACUUUCAGAUAGCCCGGUGCUACAGAGACGAAGGCUCCAAACCAGACAGGCAGCCUGAAUUCACCCAGGUGGACAUAGAGAUGUCUUUUGUGGACCAGGCAGGUAUCAUGUCACUGGUGGAGGGUUUGCUGCAGUACUCUUGGCCUGCAGAACGUGGUCCUCUUAAGGCUCCUUUCCAAACUCUGACAUAUGAAGAGGCCAUGAGGGACUACGGUGUGGACAAACCCGACACCAGAUUCAACAUGAAGCUAAUAGACCUCAGUCAGAUCUUCCUUUCCACGGAAAUUGAAUUCCUCCAAUCAGCUCUUGGCCAACCAGGAGGCUCCGUUCGGGCUGUCUGUGUCCCCAGUGGAGCAAAACUUUUCACUGGGAAGGAUUUGGAAGAACUGAAACAAAUAGCCAACACUCAGUUUGGACAGGAGCUGAGCCUGGUGCUGGUCAGAGCAGACGGGACAUUGAAGUCUCCCCUGAAGAAGCUGCUGUCUUCGUCUGUCACAGACGAGCUGCUGAAGUGGACUGAAGCCAAGCCAGGAGACCUGCUUCUGAUAGCAGCAGGCUCCCACCACACUGUUUGCCCAUUGCUGGGUCAUCUUCGCCUGCAGUGUGCAAAGCUCCUGGAGUCUCAUGGUGUGGUAGUGCGUGACCCCUCAGCCUUCCACUUCCUGUGGGUCGUGGACUUUCCUCUCUUCUUGCCCAAAGAAGAUGAUCCAGAGGAGCUGGAAUCAGCUCAUCAUCCAUUUACUGCACCAGUGCCAGAGGACACACCGUUACUCUAUACGGAUCCACAUAAGGUUCGUGGUCAGCACUAUGACCUGGUGUUAAAUGGCUGUGAGAUCGGAGGAGGCUCCAUUCGCAUCCACAAAGCCUCGGAGCAGUUUUAUGUGCUGAAGAAUGUCCUUAAGGAGGACCCCGGACUCCUCUCCCACCUCCUCGAGGCCUUGGAUUCAGGAGCGCCGCCUCAUGGAGGCAUUGCUCUGGGUUUGGAUCGACUGGUCUCAAUAAUAGUCGGAGCUCCCAGCAUCCGCGACGUAAUCGCCUUCCCCAAGUCAUUCCGCGGCCAUGACCUCAUGAGCCGUGCACCCGACUUGGUGUCUGAAGAGGACCUGAAGUGUUACCACAUUUCUGUUAAAUGGCCAACAGAGCAAGGAAGAGAGGGAAAGUGAUUAAGAAGAACCACAGACAUCGAAGGAUGUCUGUGUAGUCCCAGGUCUGGUGAGGCUGAGGAGAUGUGCAGACUAUCAGCAGACAGCAAAAAGACUUUGAGGCUGUAAGAUCUGUGCCAGAUGGCAAAACAACAGAGACAAGAGAUACUUGGGCUGCAUUGAUGCUGCCUUCCCUCUAUGUUUGUGGUCCUUCGUAUCAAGUUUUUUAGAUAUUUAUAUCUUUUUACUGAUUCUUUACAGCUGCUUAUUAUGGGGUGGUUUGGUGUACAUGUUCAAAUGAGGCAUUAUAUGAAAUAAUAAUAAAUCUAUAAUGUCAUUGUUUUUGAUGCCAAGAAGUUCAAUUUCAGCAUGUGCAGAACAUUAAAAUCCAAAAGUCAGAGAUUCUCACCUAUGAUUUUCAUGAUGAUCUUCAUACAUCUUCUGUGUAAUGUAAAUAAAAACAGCAAGCAAUGAUUUGAAAAUGACA